AAAGCAAUAAAAAAGGAAACCGAUAUUUGCUCCUAAAAAAACGAAACUGACGUUAUAGCUCCAAAUCCAAAUCAGAUCGGAGGCCGGUGCGCCUCCAUAUACGAGAUCAAUCAACCAUCAAUCAAAGCAAGCAAAAAGAGUCGCCACGAACGAUCUGUGAGUACGUGCUCUGUGCGCGGCCUUGAUGGAUCCAACGACGACGAUGGCCCGGCCGAGCAAGAAGUCGCGGCAGUCCGGCUCUGGCCUGGCGGAGCUCGCCGCCCACCUCACCAAGCGCCUCGCCGACGCUAACCCCAGCUCCAACCUCGUCUUCUCUCCGCUGUCCAUCUACGCCGCCGUCGCGCUCCUGGCUCCGGGCGCCCGGGGGGCCACCCUGGACGAGGUCCUCCGCCUCCUCGGCGCGCGCUCCCGCGAAGAGCUCGAGGAAUCCAUCUCCCGCGUGGCGAACGACGCGCUCCAGGACCUGUCCGGAUCCGGCGGCCCGAGCGUCGCGUUCGCAUGCGGCAUGUGGAACGACGAAAGGCGGCCCCUGAAGCCGGCUUACCGCGAGGCCGUCGUCGGCACGUACAGAGCGGAGGCGCGCAGCCUGGAUUUCCGGGAGAACUCGGCGGAAGCGGCGCGUCACAUCAACGCCUGGGUCGCGGAGGUCACGAGAAACCUCAUCGACGACGUCGUCUCACCGAGCGACGUUGGCAUGGCGACCGACGUCGUGCUCGCCAACGCCAUAUACUUCAAAGGCAAGUGGAACCUGCCGUUCCGCGAGACGGCCACCAGGGACAGGCCGUUCCACCGGCUCGAGGGAACCGCCGUCGACGCGCCCUUCAUGUACAACCCCGCCCGCCAAUUUAUUGCCGUGCAUGACGGGUUCAAGGUGCUCAAGCUGCAGUACAAGAUGCGGCAGCGAGGAUAUCAACCCACACAGUACUCUAUGUGCAUCUUCCUGCCAGACGCCUACGACGGCCUGCGGAGCCUCGUCGACGAGAUAACCUCCCGUCCGGGCUUCGUGCACGAUCACCUGCCGGUGAUGCCCGUCAAGGUCGGCGACUUCGGGGUUCCCAAGUUCAAACUCAAUUUCUCGAGCAGAAUGGCCGAAAUCCUCAAACAGCUGGGCCUCGUUCUGCCGUUCGGCCAGGGUUCUGAUCUGUUGGACAUGGUGGAGGACGACGGCACCGGCUCCCCUUUGCUCGGUCAAGAGGUCAUCCAUAAGGCUGUCAUCGAGGUCAACGAGGAAGGGACGGAAGCAGCCGCUCUCACCAUGCCGUUCCUGCCUCCUGGAUGUUCUCGUGUGAUGAUGUCGGAGCCCAUGGUGGAUUUCGUCGCCGACCAUCCCUUCGCGUAUUUCAUAGUCGAGGAGGCCUCCGGCGCGAUCCUCUUUGCAGGGCAUGUCGUCUACCCAACCAAUGGCAGCAGCACGGAUGAUAUUGGGCAACCGAAAGAGGGGGAUGCAUUUGACGAGCAGAGGUUACCUGCUAGAGGGUAUGAGUUGCCGGUGACCAAAAUCCCGUCGGUGCAGUUCGAUGUAGCAGGGCCAACGGGGAAUCCUGGCUCCAGUGGCCUGGCAGCGCUCGCCGUCGGGCUCUCGAGGCGCCUUGCCGAUGGGAGCGCGGACGACAACCUAGUCUUCUCGCCGCUGUCCAUCUACACCGCUCUGGCGCUCCUGGCCGCGGGCGCCCGGGAUGCCACACUGGACGAGAUCCUCGGCGUGCUCGGCGCACGGUCGCGCAGCGAGCUCGAGAACUUCGUGUCACACAUGGCGGCGGACGCACUCCAAGACAGGUCCGCCUCGGGCGGCCCCCGCGUCGCGUUCGCGUGCGGCGUGUGGAGCGACCUGACGCGGCGGCUGAAACCGGCCUUCCGUGAGGCCGUCGUGGGCACGUACAAGGCCGAGGCCAGCAGCGUCGACUUCUGCAGCGCGCCGGAGGCAGCACGGAGGCAGAUCAACGCGUGGGCGGCUCAGGUGACGAGGAACCUCAUCGACUCGGUCCUCCCGCCGGGGUCGAUAAGCCCGGAGACUCGCGUCGUGCUCGGCAACGCCAUGUACUUCAAGGGAAAGUGGGAGGACCAGCCGUUCGACAAGAGGCACACCGCUCACAAGCCAUUCCACCGGCUCGACCGUAGCCAGGUCGACGUGCCCUUCAUGCAGAGCUGGGAGUCACAGUUCGUCGCCGUGCAUGACGGGUUCAAGGUACUCAAACUCCGGUACAAGAUGGCGGCGCCAGAUGACCAGGAACAGGCGCAUCCUCCAUUCGACAGCCCCGUGUCUCCGUACGCCUAUCCUAGGCCAUAUCCCUAUGCUGUCAGCCAUGAUCAGUGGGAAGGCAACACUCAACCAUCCGAUCAUAGCGGGUAUACGCAGUUCUCGAUGUGCAUCUUCCUCCCAGACUCCCACGACGGCCUGUUGGGGCUUCUGGACACGAUAGUGUCCCGGCCUGGGUUCCUGCAGGACCACCUGCCGGAGGAGCAGAUCACCCUCGGCGAGUUCCGGGUGCCAAAGUUCAAGCUGUCCUUCAACAGCAGCCUCGUCGCUGUUCUCAAGAAGCUGGGGCUCAAGCUGCCAUUCUGCCUGGAAGGCGACCUGUCAGACAUGGUGGAGGACGGCGGCUCUGGCUUGCCGAUUGUAGUCGGGGAUGUCAUCCACAAGGCCGUCGUCGAGGUAAACGAGGAAGGUACUGAAGCUGCCGCAGUCACUAUGGUCAUCUUGUCUCCUGGAUGUGCACCAAUGGGGUCGUGGUCGCCGCCUCCACAAGUGGAUUUCAUCGCUGACCAUCCGUUUGCUUACUACAUAGUGGAGGAGGCAACCGGCGCAGUUGUCUUUGCGGGCCAUGUUCUCGACCCUUCCAAGGAGUAAUAAAUAGCUAGCUGUUGAGUUCAACGAACAAAUUCUGUUUUCCUAAUUUUAAUUUCAGAACUGCUUUGUAUACGAGCGCUACUUGUACUAUGAUGAAUUUAUACGGAUGACUAUUUUUCACCUCAUAAGAAUGUGCUUUGUGCUUUCUUCAAGUGUAAUUGUUCGAGCGAGUUUUAUUGGUUUGUUAAUCUGUUUA